CGCGACGGGGGGAGCGCGCGGGGAGGGUGGGGGGGUGCGUGCGGCGCGAGGGGGGCCUGGAGGGCGGCCAUCACGGAGCCCUCCGCCGCCCCCCUCCUUGCCGCUCUCCCCGGCGGCCGAGGCGCGGCGUUGCGGUUCGCGGGCUGCGAGAGACCGGCAACGGGCGGCGGGGGGUGCGCGUGUAUAUGCGCGUGGGGGAGUUCUGUGUGGCGACGGUUAACGGUUUUAUUCGUUAUGGCCGUUGGAGGGGGGGGAUGGGGGGCAGGGCCGCGACCGUUCGGCGGGGCUAUGUUUGUCGGUGGGGUCGGGAGAGGGGACUGUUGGCGGGCUGGGGUGGGGGGGGGAGGGUAAGUGCACCAACAUGGCGGCGCGCUACCGCCGGGGGGAGGGGGAACGGCGGACUUCACUAAGACACGAGACAGCGCCCCCGCCCCCCCCCACCGGAAGUCAGCCAGGUCUGCCGCUCUAUGGCUUUCGCUGAGUGCUAGAGCGACACUGCGGGCGCCCGCUGCAACCCGCCCCCUUCUGCGUUACGUCUCGCCGUGAGGGCAGCCAAUAGCGUGAGGGCUCACAGCGAGGACGUCAGCGGGGGCGCUCGUCCGCUCGCUGCCGCGGUGCAUUGUGGGAUAGUGGAGGCCUCGCUUCUCGGCAGGAAGGAGCGGCGCGGGGGGGGCCCGGUGCGCUAACGCUGUUAACGCUGUCAUGGCGACUAAUAUCGAGCAGAUCUUUCGCUCUUUCGUGGUUAACAAAUUCCGGGAGAUCCAGGAAGAGCAGCAGCAGCAACAGCAGCACGGCGGUGGAAAGGUAGAAGGCCAGCCCAAUGGUGACACAAUCCCAGCUGAGCAAGCCAACCCUUCAGAUGACACUGUUGCUGGUGCUGGGAGUCGUCAGAAUGAUCAGAUAGUGCAGAAAAUAGAGGAAGUGCUCUCUGGAGCCCUUGAUACAGAACUGCAGAGCAAAUCAGAUGUAGACAAAACUACUGUGAGCAAUAGUACUCAAUCUACUAAAAGAAGCUCUACUGCUGAAGGUGAAGAUGAAAUUCCUAAAAAAAAAUCAAAGAAAAACAAAAAGCACAAAAGCAAAAAGAAAAAGAAAAAGAAGAAGAAAAGGAAGAAAGAGAAAAAACAUAAAAAGCAGCCAAAGGAGUCAAAGUUGAGUGCACGUCAUGGAGAACAUGUGGACUCACAGCCUGCUUCUCACUUGAUUCCAGAGAAAUCAAGCUCCACACUGAGUGUGCAGCAUGGGGGAUUUGGAGAUGCUAAUCUGGGUGUCCAUAUACAGCCAGAAGGACUGUCCUUACAGGCAAAUGUGGAGCUUGAUAGACAAGCUUUAGGACUUGCUUCUCAGUUGAGAACUGAUUCUCAGCCAUGUAUGGGAAAUCUUGAAAGUGAGAAGGGGACUUUAUGUGCAACAGAACCUCAGUUUAAUUUAGAAGGCAGCCAAUUUAUUAUUCAACAAAAUGCUAGUAUGACUCAAACUGAAAUUUGCACUAGAGAAGAACAAAUAAAACAAUCUCAUGAAAGUAUUUAUCCUGUAGCUAUCAAUGUGAGCGAAAAGGGUGAUUUUGCUACUGGAAGUGUUGCUUCAACUAGCAUCCCAUCUGGAGUUGCCAAUAAAUCUGAACUUCAGAAAUUAGCUUUACCUUCAGAAGUAAAAACCAUGGAUACAAGUUUAGCAUCUAAUACCGUGGAGGCAUUGACAUAUUCAGAAGCAUCUCUGAAGUCUGUGGCACUGGGAGGCACUAAAGAAUUAGAAACAACUUCAGAAUCUAUGUGUUUGACAAGUGAUGUGGCAAUAAUUCCUAAACCUGCAGAUCUGAAUACUGUGAAGGUAACUGACAUGUCUAUGGCCAUAGGAGAAGUAAGAAUUCCAGGAGCAACUGAAUUACCAGUUGUGUCUGGUAAUUUGAGAGUGACACAGUGCAGAUCCAUGGAGGGUUCAAGUAUCUUGAAGGCGGCCUCGGAAUCUGUAGUUAUGAUGGGAGAUGUGAAAAAUAAAGAAUUGGACCCAGAUGCAGCUUUGCAACAUUCUUUUAAAGUACCUGCAGAAACUGCUGUAAGUCAGGUGCAAAUGGAAAGUGCCAAAACACCCCUGGCACCAGGGACUGUUGUGGUGAAGGAUAUCGAACCAGUUAGAGUCUCUUUGCACGAGGGAAGUGUGAGACCUUCGGAAGAAGUUUUGCAACCUGUGAUAAAGUCAAAAACUUCAGAAGCAGUCAUGGUUGUGAGAGGAACUUCUGAUUCUGCAACAGUGUUGAAUGCUUCAGAAGCUUUACUGCAGUGUACAUUCUCAAAAGAAAUGCAAAGCUUGACAGAUGUGAAUGUUGUUGCAGAGGCAAAAGGUUUACAAACAACAUCAGAACCUGUUGUCCAGACCCUUGUUCCCCAGAGAGUUCCAGUUGCUCUGCAAUUGGAAAAUAGUAAUGUUUUGAGAGGUUUGGAAGCAACUCCCCAGUCUUCACAGAAAGAAGACAUGAAAAGAGCGACUUCACUGUCUUUGCAAAUGGAAAGCAUGAAAGCUUUAGGAGAACCUUCUAGUGGUAGUAGGGAAGCAGUUAUGGUGCCUGAGGCACUGGCAGAAAUGAUGCAUUUGAAAAAAACAGCAGAGAGAGAAACAGCACAUGCGGAAGCAGUUGCAGUGCCUUUUUUUGCAAGCAAAACAGAGAGUUGUAUAGUCUCUCAGCCUGAGAUCAUGACAAGUAUGAGAGGGUUGGAGGCAACCUCACAAACUGUGUUUGUGGGGGAAAAAAAGGAUUUUGAAGUAGCUAGAAGUUCCACCGUUGCAGAAGUGAGAGGUCUAGAUAACUUGGCAGAAGUUAAGGCAGUUGCAGAGGCAAGAGGUGCAGAAACAGGUUCAAAAACUUCAUGUUUAACAGAGAUGAAAAAUUUGGAAAUAGCUGUGGGGUCUGAAACAAGGACACAAAUGCAAGACUGGGGAACAACACUGAUAUCUGAGGUGGAAGAUCUGAACAAAGCAAAAAUAAGGAGCAAAGAAACAGUGCUAGAACCUGUGCAAACAGUGACAGUGAAACCUUCAGAUACAAGUUCAAGACCUGUAUGCUUGGAGGAGUUGGGAACAACCGUAGAGUAUGGAACUGGAAGUAAACCAGACAAAAUUGAAGCAGAAUCUAUGGCUGUCAAAGUAGUAGAGCAUUCUAAAACUACUUCAGGUCCUUUACAGGAGCAAGUGGUAGGCAAUUCAGAAGCAGCAUUAGAGUCUUUCCGGAGAGUGGAAGGAACAAUGAUGGAAGCGAGAAACUUGAAAGAAACUUUGCAGUCUGAGAUUUUGACAGAUGUGAUAACUCGGGAAUCUGGUAUAGUUACAACAAGGAAGGCAGACAGAGAAAAAGCUGAGUUUUCACCUGUGGUUGAUGUGAAAGGUUUGGAAGAAGCUUCAGGAAUUGAGAAAGGAAUGAAAGCAAAACAUCUAGAGCCAGCAUCAGAAGCUGGAGAAGUGAGGUUGGAAAGCGUGGAAGAAUCUGCAGGAGCAGAGGUGAAAGGUUCUGAAACAGUCAAAGAACCUGAAGUGUACAUGGACAUCCAGGGUUUGGAAACUUCCCAAAAAUAUGGAGAGGUAGCAAAGAUUAAUGUUUUAGAGGAUGUUUCAGAAGCAUUCAUUAUGACAAAACAACAUACAGAAUCUGUUCCACAAUAUUUGAGCACUGGAACACAAGAACAUGCUCAAACAGUUUUAGAAGCCAAACCUGCUGCAGAAUGGAGAAGUACAGAAGAAGCUGCAGAAAUCUGGGGAGCUGCUGAAAUGAAAUCUUCUGAAGCAGUUCCAAAACCAGAGGACACACAGGAUCUGGGGACAAUGCUGGAACAUGAAGUUGCUGUAAAAGUACAGUAUUCAGAAGGACAGCAGUGUCAACAAAUGGAGGAUGUGAGCAUUUCCAGUCUGGCUCUGGAAUGUGAGAUAGUUGCUGAAAAGAAUGAUUCAGAGCAAGCACUACCAUUGGAGCCUUUCAUAGCAGUAAGUGAUAGGGAGAUAGCAACAAAAUCUGGAGUACCUGCAGAAACAAUUUUUAGUUCUUCGCAUGCUGCAAAUGUGAAAGAUUCAACAGGGACCCCUGAGUCUCAAAUAAUCAAGGAUGCAAAACACUUAGAAGGUCUUCCAAGUUGCAUAGCAGAAACAGAAGGUUUGGAAACAACUCAUAUUUCUGAGACUGUUGUAGACGUGAAAGAUGCAGAAGCAGUUGAGGAGGCAGAGGCGGACACAAAAGAUUUGGAAGCUGCUCCAGUACCUGAGACUGUUACAGAAGUAGCUCCAGUACUUGUGGAAGAGGCAAGCCAGUUGGAAGCGAUUCCACAAGUGGAGGCUGACAAAGAAGUGGCUGCAGAAGAGGCAUCUGAGACAAGAGAUUCAGAAACAUCGGAUGUGCAACCUGAUGUGGCAGCACGAAUGAGGGAGACUUUAAUGAGACUUGAGAAAGUUAUUGAAAAGAGCAGUCAUAGAAGCAGUGAAAAAAGUAAACAUGAUGCAAAGAAACAAAAAAGGAGUCGGUCUAAGUCCCAGUCCAGGUCUAGGAAGCGGAAAAAAAAAUCAAGGUCACGUUCUACUUCCAGGCGUUUGACCUCUAAGAGAGCACGAUCUAGGAGCAGAAACUAUUCAGAUUCCAGAAAAAAGCAUUCCAAAUCUAGGUCCCGGUCUGUGGAGAAGAGAGAGAGGAGAGUGUCUUCCCGAAGGUCCAGACGCAGACGUUCCAGGUCAUCUGACCGCUACCGGUCUAAGUCCAGGUCAGUGGAAAAGACCAGAAGGUCUGGACGUGGACGUUCCAGGUCAUCUGACCGCUACAGGUCUAAAUCCAGAUCCGUAGAAAAAAGAGAAAGCAGGUUGUCUUCCCGAAGAUCGAGGCGCAGACGUUCCAGGUCUUCUGAUCGCUACAGAUCUAAGUCCAGAUCAGCAGAAAAGAGAGGGAGCAGACUGUCUUCCCGAAGGUCCAGGCGUGGACGUUCCAGGUCUUCUGAUCGCUAUAGGUCUAAGUCCAGGUCAGUGGAAAAGACUAGAAGGUCUGGGCGCAGGCGUUCCAGGUCAUCUGAUCGCUACAGAUCUAAGUCCAGGUCAGUGGAAAAGACCCGAAGGUCUGGACGCAGACGUUCCAGAUCAUCUGAUCGCUACCGAUCCAAGUCCAGGUCAGUGGAAAAGACCCGAAGGUCUGGACGUAGACGUUCCAGGUCUUCUGACCGUUACAGGUCUAAAUCGCCAUCAGUGGAAAAGAGAGGGAGCAGACUGUCCUCUUGGAGAUCCCGGCGCAGACGUUCCAGGUCGUCUGACCAUUCUAAGUCUAGAUCCAGGUCAUCAGAAAAGAGAGGGGGCAAAGAAUAUUCAUGGAGGUUCAGACAUAGAGGGUCUGGUUCCUCUGAUCGUUCAAAAUCUAGGUCUAGGUCUGUAGAGAAGAGGGGUCGGAAGGCAUCUGUGCGGAGAUCUAAACGUCGGCGCUCCAAGUCCUCUGACCGUUACAAGUCUAGGUCCAGAUCAGUAGAAAAAAGAGAUCGAAAGCAAUCAUCACGGAAGUCAAAACGUCAGCGCUCAAAGUCAUCUGACCGUUAUAAAUCUAGAUCCAAGUCAGUGGAAAAAAAGAAGGAGUCUUCACGAAAAUCUAAGCGUCGUCGCUCAAAGUCUUCUGAACGUUACAAGUCUAGGUCUAGGUCUGUAGAAAAAAAACGCAAAGACUCUUCAAAGAAAUCCAAACGGAAGCGUUCAAAAUCUUCUGACAGUCUUAAAUCAAGGUCAAAAUCUGUAGAAAAAAGAGCAAGCAAGUUAGCCUCAGCAAAGUGCAGUAGAAAACAUGCGGACUCUUCUGAACAAGAAAAAGUAGAUGGUUCUGAACCUGUCACAAGUGAAAUCAGCUCCUCCAAAUCCUCUAAUGGUCCCAUGUCAGUAGCUUUGUCUCUUGAAGGAGUAAAUGGCCCAGAGCUGCCACCACCAUCUGGAAGUGGAUUUUCCACAACUGUUGAGAGCCUUGAGACAAGCUUAUCUGUUGAAAAAAUGGACGGUCCACAGCCUUCAGUGAUACCUGAACUUGAUAGCUCCAAAACCUCAAAUGAUCAAGAACAGCAUUCCAUGCCUGUGGAAAAAACACAGGUUUCUGUGACCUCUGAAAAUGGGUCAGCCACUCCUUAUGACUCUGACUUAGGAUCUGUGCCAGCAGAAAAAACUGUACCUCUGGAAUCUUCAUCACUUACUGAACUUACAUUCUCAGCAUCCAGUUCAGUGUCCUCAUCUGUUGAAAAGAGAGAUGCAGAGACAACUUCGGCAACAGAAUUUCAUCUCUCCACAUCCCAUCAAGAUGAGUCAAGAUCUACAUCUCUCAAAGAAACAGAGGGUGCAGAGCCUCUUUUGACAAAUGAGAGUGGAUGCUCUGUAUCUGCUGAUGAUUACAAGUCAACUUCCACAUCCUCUGGAAGCAUGGAGAUUCAAGGAUUUUCACUGAUGUCUGGAAGUGUACUUUCUGACGGUUGUGAAUUGAGGCACAUCCCUGCUGAAAAUGCAGAGCCCCAGAAGUUUUUGCAAGUGCCUCAAAGUGGAUUUUCUGAGUUGGCUGACAGCACUGAAUCAAGGUCACUGUCUUAUGAAACAGCAGAAGUUCAAAAACCUUUUUUAGCUCCUGAAGUAACAAGCUCUGAGUUCCUUGAUGUCCAUGAGUCAGUCUCCUUACCAAUUGCACAGGGCCAGACGGAGGUGCCUUCUCUGACUUCUGAUAGUGUAUGCUUCAGGACUCCUGAUAGACAUGAAUUGGGAUCCAGUUUUGGUACACAAACAGGGGAGAUCCCUCUGAUAUCUGAAGGUACGCCCUUACAGUCACCUAUUGGAAAAGUAAAGGCUCCCAGUGCUUCCCUGUCAUCUGAGUGUGGUCCUGUGGAGAUCGCAGUUGACCACAUUUCAACUUCAUCUUCUGCAAAAAUACAGCAAAUUUUUCUAACUACUGUAGAACAAAGCUGCAAGUCUUCUGAGGCUCACGAGUCCAGUUCAUCUGUUGAGAAAGAUUUAGAUGGUUCAGCAUCUUCGCAAGUACUUGAAGUUGGCUGCUUUGAGAACUCUGAAAUCCAUGAAUCAAGACAUCUGCCUGCUGAAAAAAUAGAGGUUACAGAAUCAGCUUUGUCUACAAGUGGAAUUCCUUUGUGCCAUCGUGGCCAUGCGUCAAAAUACAGUUACUUUGAGAAAACAAAAGGUGUAGAUACUGUGGAAUUGGUAAGCACAUCUGCUGAAAAAUUUGAGGCCACAGCGCCUUGCCUGACAUCUGAAGGUGGUCUUUUCAUAUUGCCUGAUAGUCAUGAAUUGAGAGCUACUCCAGCUGAAAAUGUAGAAGUGCAGAAGUCAUCCUUGUCCUCUGAACAGAAAUGCAUUACAUCCCCUCAUGAACAUCAGUUGAGAUCCCCCUCUGGCAGAGAAAUACAGGUGCAGGAGGAGCAGCCUCUGAUAGUAGAAAGGAGACAUUCUGUUUCUUCUGAUGAUCAUGAGUUGACACUCACUACUUUCAAGAAAGUUGGUGUAGAGGAUCCUUCACAGAUGCCUGGAAAUGAAUGCACAGUGGGCUUUUCUGGUCCAGAGUUGACAUCAACCCCUGUUGAAAAAGCAGAGGUACAAGAACUUUAUCUGAUUCCCGAAGAAAGAUGUUCAGUGUCUCCUGAGAACCAGGAGUUGCUGUCACCUGCAUUUGAGAAGACUGAAGUGCAAGAGCCUGCUUUAACAUCUGAAAACGAAUAUACUGUAUCCUGGAAGUGCCAGGAGUUGAGAACUAGCUCUCCUGACAAAGCAGAGGUGCAGGAAUCUUUUGCAGUACCUGACAGUGAAUGUGCUGUGUACUCUGGAGACCAUGAAUCACAAACUUUGCCUGCUGAAAAAGCAGAGGUACAGGUGCAUUCUUUGAUGUCUGAAAAUGAAUGUGCUGCAUCUCCUGAGAGCCAAGAUAUCACAGCCAUUUCUGCUGAAACUGUGCAGGAGCCUUCUGCAAUAUCAGGUAGUGAAUAUGUUAUGGUCCCCAGAGUGCAGGAGUUGUCAUCUUCUCUUGCUGAAAAAACAGAACCGCAGGAGUGUUCUGUGCUCUCUGAAAAUGAAUACGACGUAUCUCCUGAAGGCCAUGAUUUGAGAUCCAGUCCUGUUGAAAAAGAGGAAAUGAGGGAAUCUUCUGAAACAUCUGAAAGUGAAAGUUCGAUGUCCACUGAUGACCAGGAGCUACAGUCUACUGCUGUUGGAAAAACAGAAGUGCAGGAGUUGUCUCUGAUGUCUGAAGGUGAAUGUGCCAUGUCCCCUGAAGUUCAGGAGCUGCAGACUAGCCCUGCUGAAAAAGUAGAGAGUGGGGAACCUUCUCUGACAUAUGAGAAUGAGCAUGCUGUGUCCCUUGAAGAGUAUGAAUCAAGAUCAACUCAUGGUGAUAAAACAGAAGAUAUGGAUUCUUCUUUGACAUCUGAACAUGACCAUUAUUUGUCUUUCAAGAGCCAGGAGGUAAGAUUCACCACUAUUCAAAAAGUAGAUGUUCAGGAGCUUUCUCCAACAUCUGAAAGUGAGCAUACAGCAUCCCCUGAUAGUCAGGAGUUGAGAUUCCUCACUUCUGGACAAGUAGGUGAUUCUGGGCCUUUAGCGUUAAAUGAUAGAGGCUCCAUGUCCCCAGACGUCAGUGACUUGAAAUCCACCCCUGUUGAAAAAAUGGAUGAUGCAAUGCCUUUAAUGCCUGAAAGUGGAUGCUCCACAUCCCCUGGCGGCAACAGUGUGAGAUCUGUUCCUGGUGAAGAAACUGGUGAUCUAGAGCCUUCUUUGACACCUGAAUGUAGACAUUCCACAUCGCCAUAUAAUGAGAGCCAUGAGGUGAAAUAUCCCAUGGAGGAAGAUGGUCUAGAGUCCUCUGUUACUUUUGAACAUAGACGAUCUGUUACCCCUGAGGGACAUGAUGAGAAAUCUGUCAUAGAUGAGGAAAUAGAGGAUCGGGAGCCCUCUUUGACAUCAGAACAUAGGCGCUCCACAUCCCCUGAUGAGCAUGAGUCAAGAUCUAGCAUUGGUGAGGAGGCAGAGUAUUCAGAACAGCCUUUGACAAUGGAACAUAGAUCCUCCAUUUCUUCUGAUGAGCAUGAUUCAAGGUCUACUGCUGGGGAAGAAGUAGAGGAUGUGGAACCCUCCUUGACAGGGAAACGAAGAGAUUCCACAUCCUCUGAUGAUCAUGAGUCAAGGUCCACCACUGGUGAAGAAGCAGAGGACCGUGAGGCCUCCUUGCCUGCUGAACGUAGAGAUUCCGUGUCUUCUGAUGAGCAUGACUCAAGGUCUACUGCUGGUGAAGAAGUAGAGGAUUUGGAGCCUUUAGCAGCUGAACACAGACGUUCUGUGUCUCCUGAUGGACGUGAGUCAAGGUCAACCACUGGUGAAGAAGCAGAGGACCGAGAGCCCUCCUUGACAGCUGAGCGUAGGCACUCUACAUCUUCAGAUGAACGUGAAUCGAGGUCUACCACUGGUGAAGAUGUGGAGGAUGUAGAACCCUCCUUAACAGCUGAACGAAGAGACUCCACAUCCUCUGAUGAGCAAGAUUCAAGGUCUACCACUGGUGAAGAAGCAGAGGAUAUGGAACUGUCUUUGACAGCUGAACAUAGACGUUCCACAUCUCCUGAAGGACGUGAAUCAAGGUCUACUACUGGUGAAGAAGGAGAAGAUGUGGAACCCUCCUUGACAGCCGAGCGAAGAGAUUCAACAUCAUCGGAUGAUCAUGAGUCAAGGUCUACCACUGGUGAAGAAGUUGAGGAUAUGGAGCCCUCUUUGGCUGUUGAAGAUAAACAUGAGGGGUCACCUUCCAUACCUCUUGAGAAGUCAGAGGGACAGGACUCUUCUUUUAUGACUGAAAGUAGGCGAUCUGAAUCUUCUGAUCGUGAGAAAUCUAGAUCUGAAUCUGCUGAAAAGAUGUCUGACAGAGAAUCUUCACAGAGGUCUAGAAGCAGACCCUCAAAAUCUCCUACUCGCCAAAUGAGUCGAUCCCCAUCUGCUGACAAAGUAGCAGAUGAAGAAUCUUCACGGAGGUCUAGACAUAGACGCUCCAGGUCCACGUCUGUUGAAAAAGCAGCAGACAAAGAGUCUUCACGGAGGUCUAGACAUAGACGCUCGAGGUCCACGUCUGUUGACAAAACAGCAGACAAAGAGUCUACACGGAGAUCUAGACGUAGACGUUCCAGGUCCACUGCUCGCCAAAGGAGUCGAUCAAAAUCCGUUGACAAAACAGCAGACAAAGAGUCUUCACGGAGAUCUAGAAGCAGGCGCUCCAGGUCUUCUCAGCGCAGAUCCCAGAGGUACGAUGCAGACUCUCGUUCUAGACGGAAUCGCUCCAGAUCGGUAACACGCAGAAGAGCAUCAAGAUCAAAAUCUACUCGUCGUUCUCGAUCUAGCUCAUUGUCACGUUCAAGGCACAGAAGACGAAGUAGGUCAAGGUCAGCAUCAAGAAGGCGGCGUUCUCUAUCAAGAGAUAGGCGCAGAAGAUCUCAGAGAAAUAGAUCAAGAUCUGCUGAUAGAAGAAGGAGAAGAUCAGAUUCAAGAGAUCGUAGGAUAUCACUGAGAUUACGGAGCAGGAGUCGGACACCUCUUCGUCAAAGGCGAUCGAGGUCAAGAGGAAGAAGACGGAGCUCUAGUAGGUCACCAAUUCGACUGCGGCGAUCAAGGUCUUCAGGGAGAAGAAGAGGUUACAGCAGAUCACCUGAUCGUCGCAGGUCUAGAUCAUCAGAAAGAUUUUCAAGCAGGUCACCGAAACGCCUUACAGACUUGGACAAGGCCCAGCUGCUUGAAAUAGCCAAAGCUAAUGCAGCUGCCAUGUGUGCAAAGUCGGGCGUUCCUUUACCACCAAGCCUGAUGCCUAUGUUAUCUCAAAAGAAAGACGAUAAAGCCAGUCAGAAGUCAUCAAGAGAUACACUAAAGGAGCUCACUGAGAAAUGCAAGAAGAUUGCUCAAAGCACAGAUGAUGUGAUCGUGAAUAAACCUCACGUUUCUGAUGAAGAGGAGGAAGAGCGUCCUUUCUAUAAUCACCCCUUUAAGCUCAAUGAACCCAAACCUAUUUUUUUCAAUUUAAGUACUCCCAGCAUAAAACCAGCACCACCACCCCAACCAAAAAAUCAGGUCAGCCUGUCAAAGGAAUUUCCUGUUUCAUCUGGGUCUCAGCAUAGGAAAAAAGAAGCAGAUAGUGUCUAUGGAGAAUGGGUUCCAGUUGAAAAAGGCAAAGAAGAUAGCAAGGAUGAUGUUUUCCCCAAACCGUCCAUUGAGGGUGUGGACAUAACUGCAGCUAUGAAUGAUCGAGCAAUGGCUCAGAAAAGGCUUAAUGAAAACACGUUUGAUUUAGAGGCCAUGUGCAUGUUAAAUCGUGCACAGGAACAGAUUGAUGCCUGGGCUCAAUCAAACUCCAUACCUGGCCAGUUCACAGGAAGUACUGGAGCACAGAUUUUGUCCUCGGAUGAGCUAACCAACAGUGGUCCUCAAGCGUGGAUUAGAAAGGAUCAGUUCUUAAGAGCAGCCCCUGUAACUGGAGGAAUGGGAGCUCAGCUGAUGAGAAAAAUGGGCUGGAGAGAAGGAGAAGGGCUUGGAAAAAACAAAGAAGGCAGUGUCGAGCCCAUUAUGGUUGACUUUAAGACUGAUCGAAAAGGGCUUGUUGCUGUGGGAGAGAAGGCACAAAAGAGAUCUGGACAUUAUGUUGUGAUGAAGGAUCUUUCAGGCAAACAUCCAGUUUCUGCGUUGAUGGAGAUCUGUAACAAAAGAAGAUGGUCACCACCUGAGUUUGUGUUGGUGGAUGAUAGUGGGCCUGAUCAUCGCAAACACUUCAUCUUUAAGGUGAGAGUCAAUGGAAAUGAAUACAGGCCUACUUUUGCCAGCCUUAAUAAGAAGCAUGCUAAAGCCACAGCAGCAACUGCGGCUCUCCAAGCGAUGGGACUUGUACCAAAGGAAAGCAUGGUCAAUACCACCAUGUUUAGGAGUGCCUCACACCGCUAGAUAUUGUUUUUUAUAUUGACAUUAUUUCAGAUAAUUUUACUCUGCACAAAAAUGGUAUUUGCCCUUCCAUGUUGUAAAUACAUUGGCAAUUCCCACGUUGUAAAAACUGUACAGACACCUUCAGGUUUUUCUUUUGUACCAUCAAAAUGUAUUUAAAUCAUACUUAGUUUUUGGUAUGUUUAUAUUGUUUACAUUAGUGAUGUAAUUAUUUCUUAAAUGACUAAAUCAGACGACAGACUCUGGAGGCAUCAGUAAUCUAAACCCUUGUUUUAAAACUCAUGCGAUUUCUCCUCAAUAUGGAAUGUUAACACUUUCAUACUGUUUUGUACUAUGCUGCAGUUUUCCCUGGUCUCGGUAAAGCUACUCUUGCACUUUUGCCUACAGCUGGUAAAAGACCACGCAGCUUACCUUAGUCUAGUUGAGGCCGGCGUGUACUGCUGGGCAGAUACCGGGCCAGUACUGUGACCCCUGGGAGAGAGUGAGCCGUGGUAGCAGCCCUGUUGUACAGUGCUAAUGCCACUGCUUCUCUUGGAGUUUUGUUUGGGGUUUAACUCGGUGGUGCACCACAGCUGGCCAUGCAGCUCGUAUUCUAGGACGUACGCGAUGAGGCAAAAGUCUUGCUUUAAAAAGGACAGCAGAAAGUCCAGCAAUGGAACCAGCGAGACUUUGAGAUGUAAAAGUGACUCUCCCUGCAUGUUCUGAGAAGGGAGAUGAUGGAGUUGUCUAUUCCAAACAAAUUAACACACUGCCUGAUGUUGAUUGUAUGGAUUUGUGGUUAAUGUGAAUUUUAAAGUCUAACAAAUCUACAACUGGAUUGGGGGGAGGGAGGGAAUAGAAUGAUGCUUAAAUUGUUGUACCCAACUUGGUCAAUAAAGCAGCACAAGUUCAUAAUCUUAA